CAUUACUGGGACAGUGAUAUUUUCUGCCAUGCUGGCUUCAGGUGCGGUGGCAGCUGUAACCACUGUGACACAUCUUGUGCCUCCAGUGGUUGCAGCAGGUGCUGCGCAACUUGCGGGAGUGGGCUUUAGCGCGGUCCGAUCUGUCGCCACGCCUCUGCCCAUUUUUCACCAGCCUGGGCGGCUUUCCGCGCGGAUUCUCCGGCGUAACUCCGCAGAUCAAUCUGGGCGCACGCGAACCGCGCCCCGGGCUGUUGCUGUCUUGCUUUCGGUUGCAGCCAUUGUCGCCGCUUUGACGCAGACUUUGGCACUGCCGUGGAGCUUUGCUGGGCUUGCCUUUGGGCUUCAAUGGGGCUUCUUCCUUCUGCACGGGUGGCCAGAGCGUUCUGAGAAGCUUUAUGAUGCUUCAGGCUCGCUGACACACUUGGCGCUCAUCGUGGCGGGCCUGGUGUUUGAUCCUCUUCGUAGCCCUCGGCAGAUCAUGUUGAGCGUCUUCACGACGGUGUGGUGCACACGCCUUGGAACCUUUCUCUUCAACCGCAUUUCGGCGGACAAGGAGGAUACCAGAUUCACAGAGAUGAAGACGAACUUUUGGUCGUUUUCGGUUGCAUGGAACCUGCAAGUUCUGUGGGUUUUUCUUCUGCAACUUCCAGUACUGGUGGUGAACACCGUUGGGCAGCCAGCCCUGGGCGUUUGGGAUCUUCUUGGCUGGAGUCUGUGGUGCCUGGGGUUCCUGGUGGAAGCAGUAGCUGAUGGACAGAAGUUCGCGUUCCGCGGCACGUCCUCCAACAAAGGCAAGUUCAUCACAACAGGGCUCUGGCGGUACUCGCGGCAUCCCAACUACUUCGGGGAAAUUCUAAUGUGGAUCGGCUUGUGCACGUCAUGCUGCUCCUGCAUUACAUCGAAUCUGCAAUGGUUGGUUUGGCUCUCUCCAGCUUUUAACGCGUUCCUCUUACUUUUCGUCUCUGGUGUGCCAAUGCUGGAGAAGGCCGGCGAAAAGAAGUGGGGCAAAGACCCGGCCUACAGACAUUACAUGGAGAACACCUCCUGCAUUGUACCCUGGAUGCCCGCAUCUGAGUACCGGCCGGAGUAGCACGUUUGCGCGACAAGAGUUUGCGCAACCGCCUCGCGGAGCCUGCAGUUUCAAAAGCGACAACUCUCGUAGCCCAUGUGGCUGUAGCUCAAAAAGAUGCAC